AUGAAGAAAAGAGAGUUGUAUAUUUUAAAUGAAAAAUUAGAUACCACUUUAAUUUUAUUUAAAAAUGUAGUUAAUGCAAAAUAUGUUUUAGAAUCAUAUAAUAAAAAUAUAAGUGAUUCCAUUGAUAUUAACCAUUUUUUCUUUUUAUUAGAUAGUGAAUUAGUUUUUAAUGAUAACCAUAUACUACAUAGUAUUUAUAGAGGAUAUUACAAUUUUAUAACAAAAAAAAGAAUUACUAAAAAUAUCAUAUUAGAAAUUCUUUUUCUUUUAUCAUCUCACGAAAAUAUUAAUGAAUGCCUAAAACAGUAUCAAGUAAAAGAUGAUUCUUCUUCAAUAAUUUAUGUUGGCAUUAAUGUUACAAAUGAAGAAGUUGAUUCCUUUUUAAAUUUAAUUAAAGGUGAGAGAAUAAAUUUUAAUGAAAUAUCUUUUUUACAUGAUGAAAAAAAAAUAUUAGAUAAUUUUAAAUGCACUGAUAUUGGCAAUUUAGAAAAGUUUAUUUACCAUAACAUAGCUUCAAAGAAGCUCAACUUAAGUUGA